UAUGGUAUUGGAAAGACAUUCUGCCUAUCCAGAACGGAGUCGGAGAGUCAGAUGUCCGCGUCUCAAUCGUUACACUCAUCGCAAGGAAGACCGUAAUUUUACGCCAGUUGGUUCUGAACCCCUCCGGGGAAGGAAGGGCCAGGGCCGAGAGACUCAAAAAUACUACUACUUACUACUGUACUACUAAGGCAUCGGGCCCGGAUGGAAGGAUCAAAGGAGAGUAGCAGAUAUCUAGACACAGCAGCAGCAUAGCAAAUCAGUUUUUC